AUGUCACGUUCGACUUGCUCCGCGCGGUGGAAUCUCUUGGCUCGACAACGGAGUCGGUGCGGUUUAGGUAGUCCUGGUCGAAAAAUUCCGCUUAUCACCUCCUCCGUACCUCCUCGCCACGAUAAAACCACCCUCGCACGCGAAUAUCGAUCCCUUGCCUGCGAUUCUGAAAUAUCUGUCAAGCUGGCUCGGGCUAAGCAGAAACGGCAAAAGCUUGUGCAUGACGGUGCGGACGUAGCUGCGUCGGUUCAACUCCCGCAGUUUGCGAAUGCGCCGGACGCAAUAAUGGGUGAUUCGCACAAUGGACAAGAGGGAAUUCUGUCAUGUCUGGCUCAGGGAUCGGUCUUGAAUGGCUCAACGAAUACCAAGAGCUUGCCGCAGGACUCAAGCAGUGAUACCGUGUACCAGAGUAUUGAAGAUCCAACCGCCCAAGGGGGCUCAACGGUGCCAAUUGGGCCAGGUUCAAUAGCCAACAACCCCGAUUCUUUCGCGUCCAUAUUCAACAACCCAGCAAAUGGAAAUGGCGGUGGCGGUGAGCAAUUCCCGAACGGAAACAUACCGGUUUCGCCAUCCAAUGCAUUCGGCGCAUUCAAUCCGUUAUGGAACCCUGUGAACAUGAACAGCUCAUCGAUGGCUACACAACAACUCCAAUCGCCAUUAUUCCCCUUCUUCAAUCCAAUGUUCUUCAACCAAAAUGCAAUGGGGAACAUGCCAGGCUUCCCAAUGAUGCCGCCGUUUAACCCAAUGUUUCCUAUGCAGAGUCAGAACAUGAGCACAAUGGCAGGACCAACAGGGCAAAUACCAACAGGGCAGAUACCUAAUACGGGUCCGCCAAAAAGGGUACGAUCACCAACGCCACCUAUGAAGAGGCCAUCUCCCACGAAAGAGUACAUGUUGCAAGCAUCCAAGCAACCACAAAGGAGUCCAUCAAAACGACCAUUACUGAUCAUUCUUGAUCUUAAUGGUACUUUGAUCUUCCGGAAACACCGCAAAUUGCCUCCAGUAUUUGCUCGUCGCCAUGGUCUCGAUGAGUUCCUGGAUAUCCUGACUAGUAAAUACGCUGUCAUGAUCUGGACAAGUUCAAAGCCACCUACCUUGAAUGCAGUCUGUGACAAGUUGUUUCCGGUUGAGAAGCGCAAUCGUAUGAUAGCACUUUGGGGCCGUGACAAGUUCGGCCUUACCCCGAGACAGUACAACGCCAAGCUGCAAGUGUACAAGGAAUUGCGCAAAGUAUGGUCCAGCCCCGAAAUCCAAGCGGCAUAUCCAGGCAGCCAGGCCGUCAAACCAGCCGCGCCGCCUAAACGGGCGGGUGGCAAGCACAGCAAGAAGAACCAGAUGCGGCAACAAGCGGGUACUUUUCCACCUGGUCAACGCUGGGAUCAAACGAACACCAUUCUCAUUGACGAUUCCAAGCUCAAAGCUCUCAGUGAACCUUUCAACAUCCUCGAGAUCCCUGAAUUCACCAACGACCCCAGCAUCGACGAAUCAAGCCUCUUCACACAAGUCCUUGCGAAGCUUGACGCUCUGUCACGAUACGACGACGUGAGUAAAGUGCUCCGCCAGUGGAACGAAUGCGUCAUUUCAGGUGAAGCCAACAUCUUGGACCUGGAAAUCAAAAAACCCGACGAAUCUUCCGACAGCGAAGAAGACGGCGGCAUGAGUCUCGCGCCCGCUACUGAUCCUGGCACGUCUGCCAACCCCAUCGACUUGGAUACCGACGUCGAUGCGGAUUCCAGGAAGACUGAAUUGGAUUGCACCGAAGCCGCGCGUCGCAGAACCGAGCGCCGCAAGAUCCGCAAGAAGGCGAAGCAGGCUAAGAAGGCCGAGAAAGCUGCCGACGCAGUCGCCCAGAAGGAGCAGAACAAGGCGCAGAACAAGAAUCAGCCCAAGAACCAGCCCAAGGCUCAAGCUUCCGGUAACAAGAAUGCCAACACCCCCAAGACACCCCAGGCUGCCAACCCCGCCAAGAUGAGCCGCCGCAAGAAGGGCAAGAACAAGCCUGCCCAUGCCCAGGAGCCUGAUGUUGAGCGUGAACUCGAGCCUAAUGCACCCGCCAAUAUCAUCGAAAACAUCGACGGACAGCGGUAUAGCUUCCACCCGAAGGUUCAAUCCGAGCCCGCACCACGUGCCAAUGCUUUGGAGAAAGAUGAGGAACCUGAAUAUGAACCUCAAUUCAAUGCGGCUGUGUUUCCCGAUUCGGUGGUGGUGGAGGAGGAGGAACCUGACUAUGAACCUCCAGAGUUCAUCUCCGAUGACAAGCACGAAGGUCACCAAGGCCCGGCUCAGCACGAGGGUGACCGAGGUCAGCCCAUCCACCAAGGGUACCGGGCCCAGCGCCGGGCCAGCUAUGGCCAGUGCAUCCCCAGUGCGUAUCGCGGCAAUGUGAUCCCUAGGGAGGACCGCACAAGCGAGCAUAACUUUGGGUUGUACCCCAGCCGGACCACGUACGAGCCCCAGUACGUCGUGGAGCCGAGCCCGGCUGCCCAGGUCCUGGAUCGGGCUUGGGAGGAAUACCACCGCGGUCCAUCCGGCGAGUGGGCCCAGGGACCCAUCCCCCAGCUCCAGCAGCACUCGCGUCCCUACUUUGGGAACCGAGACCCCCGCUCCGUCUCGCCGGUCACCGAUGAUGGAAAACGUGCCGUCUCGCCGGUUCCUUCUAACAACUCCUUGCUCGACAAGUUGGAGGAGGGCCUUGGGUUCCCCAAGAAGGAUUGA